AUACUGUUUGACGUCAGCUGCAGCGUGCUGCCGGGCGAGGUGCUGGCGAUGAUGGGCCCCAGCGGCAGCGGCAAGACCUCCCUGCUGUCCAUUAUGGGGGCGCGCGCGCAGAAGCAGAUGCGUACCGAGGGCGGCGUGACCUUCAACGGCGCGCCGCUGACCAAGCGCCUCAAGCGCCGCGUGGGCUACGUGCUGCAGGACGACCUGCUGUACGAGAGCCUGACGGUCAAGGAGACGCUGUACUAUGCGGCCAUGCUGCGCCUGCCGCGCCGCAUGAGCCACGCCGACAAGCUGCGGCGCGUGGACCUGGCGCUCACCGCGCUGGGUCUGAGGCAGUGCAAGGACACAAUCAUCGGCGGCUUCUUCCGCAAGGGCAUCAGCGGUGGCGAGCGCAAGCGCACCUCCAUCGGCGUGGAGCUGCUGAUCGACCCCUCGGUGCUCAUGCUGGAUGAGCCGACGAGUGGAUUAGACUCCACCACCUCCAUGCACGUGCUCACCAUGCUGCGCCACUUGGCGACAGGCGGGCGCUCCAUCAUCGCCACCAUCCACCAGCCCUCCUCCCGCCUCUACCAGCAGCUGGACAAGCUGCUGCUGCUCAGCCAGGGCCACGUGAUGUUCUACGGCCAGGCGCAGCAGGCGGGCGAGUGGUUCAGCCGCCUUGGGUACACGCUGCCCUACGGCUCCUCCCUGGCCGACUUCAUCCUGGACCUGGCCUCUGCUGACGUGGCGGUACCCGACAGCAGCCGCAGCGGCAGCGACGGCGCGGCAGGCACGCCGGCGGCGGUGGUGGGUGGCAUGGAUGGCGUCACGGGUGCGUGGCCGCUGCAGGCGGAGUUGUGCACGUGUGCACUGCACCCAGCCCUGCUGGCCCUGCCUUCUCAGCUGCUAAUUCAGGAGCACCGCUGGGGCGCGCCCUACCUCACGCAGGUGGCCCUGCUGUUCAGGCGCAGCCUGCGCACCCGGCGCUUCGAGAGCAUGAAGACCCAGGACAUCUACCAGUUUGCCGCCAUCUCGCUGCUGGCGGGCCUGUUCUGGCUGCAGGCGGGCAAGGAUGACACGGUGCUGGGGGCGCGCAACACGCUGGGCCUGCUGUUCUUCAUCUCCAUGUUUGCCUCCUUCCGCUCCCUCUUCCUGGCCCUGUACACCUGGCCGGAGGAGUACAAGCACAUGCUCAAGGAGCGGGCCAGCGGGAUGUACAGGCUGUCUGCCUUCUACGCCGCCCGCACCCUCAGCGACCUGCCCAUGGACUUCACGCUGCCCACCGCCUUCUUCCUCAUCGUCUACUUCAUGGGCGGCCUGCGCUACAACGCCGCCGCCUUCUUCGGCAUGUAUGGCGUCACGCUGCUGACCAUGCUGGUGGCCCAGGUGUGGAGGGCGGGCUUGGCAGCGGGGCAGGGGACGGGGCGGGCUGCAGGGGACGGGGCGGGCUGCCAGUCCCUGCCCUGCCUGGGACGCUGUCGGCGCGGCGCGGCUCCCCACCCUCGCUCGCCCUCGCCGCUCAGGCCCACCACGCUGGCGUGCAGGGCCUGGGCCUGCUGCUGGGCGUCGUCACCAUGGUGCCCAAGACCGCGCAGACCCUGGCCUCCGUGGUGA